CUGGACGAGGCGCGGUUGCUGCAGAGCCUGACCGACCGCUUCCUACAACAGCGGAUCUAUACCUACGUCGGGGAUAUUCUGGUGGCCGUGAACCCCUUCCAGCGCCUGCCGCUCUACGAGAAGCCGAUUGCCGAGAAGUACCGCAGCCGUGCCAAGGGCAGCCUGCCCCCCCACAUCUUUGCUGUGGCUGACCGAGCCUACCAGGCCAUGCUGGGGCGCCUGGGGAUGGGGCCGCAGAACCAGUGCAUUGUCAUCAGUGGAGAGAGCGGUGCAGGGAAGACAGAGAGCACAAAGCUCCUACUGCAGCACCUCAUGAACUUGUGCAGGGGCCACUCACAGCUGGAGCAGCAGAUUCUGCAGGUGAACCCGCUGCUGGAAGCCUUUGGCAAUGCCCAAACAGUGAUGAAUGACAACAGCAGCCGCUUUGGGAAGUAUGUACAGCUGCGGUUCCAGCAGAGCACAGUGAGGGGUGCCAAGCUGAGCGAGUACUUGCUGGAGAAGUCCCGCGUCGUGCAGCAGGAUGCUGGGGAGAGGAAUUUCCAUAUCUUCUACUACAUGUUUGCAGGGCUCUCUGCAGAAGAGAAGGAGAUAUAUGGGCUGCUGGAUCCUGCACGGUACAGGUACAUUGGUGGCCAUUCUGGGACACAGGCCAUGAUUGAAUGCUGGAAGCACAAGUACCGGGAGGUGUGCAAUGCCCUGGACAUGGUGGGCUUCCAGGAGCAGGAGCAGGUGGACAUGCAGGCAAUCCUGGCUGGGGUCCUGUCUCUGGGCAAUGUGUCCUUCCAGCCCCAGGAGAGCAAUGGGGCCGUGCAAGUGGGCGAAGUCUCCCGGGGCUGGCUGAAGGCUGCAGCGGGACAGUUUGGUGUCCAGGAAGAGGAGCUGCUGAGCUGCCUCAUUUGCACAGUAUCUGUGACCCGGGGGGAGCAGAUUCAGCGACUCCACACACAGCAGCAGGCAGAGGACGCCCGGGACUCCAUUGCCAAGGUGGCAUAUGGUCGUGUGUUUGGCUGGAUCGUCUGCAAAAUAAAUGAGCUGCUGGCCGAAAGUGUGGACCCUGAUGUAGAGCUGAGGGAAAUCGGGAUUCUGGACAUCUUUGGGUUUGAGAACUUUGUGGUAAAUCGCUUCGAGCAGCUUUGCAUCAACCUGGCCAAUGAGCAGCUGCAGCACUUCUUCAACCAUCACAUCUUCCAGCUGGAGCAGGCCGCCUACCGGGAGGAGGAGCUGCCCUGGGAGACCAUAGCCUUCACAAACAACCAGCCCAUCCUGGACCUGCUCCUGGCCAAGCCACUGGGGCUACUCUCCCUCCUGGACGAACAGAGCAGAUUCCCGCAGGCGACUGAUAAAACCUUUGUGGACAAACUGAACAGCAGUUUCAAAGGGAACGUGCACUUCCAGCUGGUGCGGGGCCGGGUGCCAAGCUUCAGCAUCCUCCACUAUGCAGGCAAGGUGCAGUAUUCUGCCAGCGGCUUCCUGGAGAAGAACCGGGACACCUUGCCAGCCAACAUCCGUGGCCUCUUCAUCAAUAGCAUCACCCCGCUGCUGAGUGUGCUGUUCACGGCCACCAUCUCCCGGACAGGGACUCUGAUGCCUCACAUUAAAGCCAAGGUGCCUCUGGGAGCAGGCGACAACUUCAACAACACAAGGAAGCAGUCGGUGGGAGCCCAGUUCCGGCACUCACUGUCUGUGCUCAUGGAGCGCGUGUACUCUGCCACCCCCCACUUUGUGCGCUGUGUCAAGCCCAACAGCCGGAAGGAGCCAGGUGUGGCUGACAGCCAGGUGCUGCUGCAGCAGCUCAGGUACAAUGGGCUGCUGGAGACCAUCCGCAUCCGGCGAGAGGGCUUCUCCUGGCGACCGUCCUUUGAAGAAUUUGUACAAAAGUACCGAAUCCUCCUGAUCAAGCCGGAUGCUGAUCUUUCGAAGGAGAGCUGUUUAGAAAUUUUGCAGAGCACGGAGCUGGCAGGCUGGAAGUGUGGGAAGUCCCGUCUCUUCUUCAAGUACUGGCACCAGGAGCAGUUGGCAAGGAGCGUAGAGCACUUGGAAAAGGCAGCGGUCACCAUCCAGAAGACCUAUAGGGGAUUCCGCUGCCGGAGGAGCUACCGAGUACUGGUGGCCGAGCGGACUGCUCAGGCACGGCGGCUGCAUGAGGCAGCAGAGAGGGAAAGGAACAGGCAGGUUGAGAUGGAGGCCCAGGCUCCUGAAACAGCCACCCCACCAGUCCCAGUGCCGCGGAGGAGACGUCUGCAGCCCCUGUCCCGUACUCAGGCUGCUGCUGACCUGCCACUGCAGCCCCCCAUCCCACGUCCCCGCAGCAAGCUUACAGAGUCCACUCCCUUUGACAACUUCCUGCACACUGGACCCUGCCCCUCACUGGGGACAGCUGGAGAUGAGGCAAAGAAGAGGCAGAUCAAGAGGGGAGCAACGUUGCGCUGGUUCCGGGAGACGCAGGCCCGGAAGGUGCUGCAGGACGACGGAGCCUUCCCCAGCUGGCUGCAUGGAAUGAUCAGCAGGAGGGAAGCAGAGAACUUGCUGAUGGACAAGCCUCUGGGCUGCUUCCUGGUCCGGAUCAGCCAGAGCCGGCCAGGCUACACCCUGACGUAUAGGGGCACGACCCGCUGCCGCCACUAUAUGAUUGAGGUGCAGCCCAACGCCCGGUACGUCAUCCUGGGUGAGGAUCGGGCACACGCCUCGCUCACUGAUCUGGUCCGGUACCACCGCACUGUGGGCAUCCAGCCCUUCUUGGAGACACUGACAGUGCCCUGCGGGCAGGGUGAUGGGAGCGCUGACUACGAGGAGCUGUGGUGCCUCACAAUAGCCCCAGGCUCCGCGGGCCAGCAGAAGGAGCCCCCUCCUGAAGGGCACCCACCCACUGAUGGCCGUGCCAUGCCCGUGGGCACUGCUGCCGCCAUCCUCAAGCGCAUGCAGCUGCAGAAGCCCCGGAGGUGCCAGGAGCCACCACCCAGCAUGGAGGACGAGGGGGCCGAACUGUGCCUGGGUGAAGGGGAGCCGGCCCGGCGGGCCAUCCCACGCCUCUACCCCUCUAUUCGCCUGGCCAUGCGGGAGAUCUGCCAGCUCUCGUCCGGGCCCUCCGACAGCACCUGGGCGGAGCUGUUGUCCAGCCCCCAGCACUGAGGGUGGCUGGGCCCUGGCAGGAGCAGAGAGGCAGACCCUGCUCAGCCCAUGCUCCAGCAUUACAGGGCCACAUGCCAGGUAGGAACACCAGGAAGAUGCAGCCUCUUCUGUGGGGAUGGGCCCGUGCCAUGCCUCUGAUUGAGCCAGGGAGAAGAGCUCUGCGGCCAGGCGGGCCUGCUGCCGUUGGGACGCUGCGUGCAUCUGCAAUCCAUUAGGGAGGAGGAGAGGGCAAGAGCUGAAGGCCUGGGGCAGCCCUGGGGAGGGGAGGGGAGGGAAUGUGUGCCCUGCCCCUCCCUGCGCCGGAUGUGCCCUCACAAUUAGAGCCCUCGUUGUCAGCCCUUGCCCUCCUUGUCCUGUCUGUGCCUCGUUGGGGCGGGUGUGGGAUGAAGCAGGGCGUGCCCCGUGUCCCCUGAGGCAGGGUCCGAGGGGCUGGGCAGCUCCCCCGCACUCCAUCUGCUGACGGUGACAAGACUCUGUGACUCAGCUGCUCUCUGCCCGUGGGGACCGUGGGGUACUCGGGGCUGCCUGAGACCAGAGCCUGUGCAGCAGCAGUGAUCGAUGGCUGGGGCCAAGGGUUGUGCUGGUGGCACUGUGGAGACCGUGUCCUGUUGCUGAGAGGGGCCAGGCUUGUGCGAGGCCAGGCUCUCUGCACGCCAUUGUGGGGCUGGAGCCCACAGCCACGGCCAAGCUGCCCUUCUGGUUCCUGGCGGGGCCAUGGCUGCUCCUGCAAGUACUGCUGUUCCCUGUGGCCACUGUCCUGGCCCGUGGCUCUUGGGCCCUGGAGUGACCACUCUCAUCCCAGCUGCUAAGAGGCUGCUGGUCACUUUGGGGGAAAACAAAAACCCAGCCAUGGCAGCAGAGAGCGCAACCCAAGCCCCAGGGCUUUGACUACUUUGGGCUACUGAAACACUGGGCAGUGGCAGCAGCAAAAGCACCGUGCGCUUGAGCCAGAGCUAGCGAUGCCCAGGGAGCUUGUGCCGCUCCCCCGGGGCAGCGAGCAUCAGGCAGGCGGCUCCGCUCCCUACCCAAGUGGUUCCUACUGACCCAGCUCUGGCUUUGUGCCCUCAGACUUAUGGGGACACCUGCGGCCCCUUGUUCUCUGGGCAGGGUCUUGUGUGGCAUCACAGAUGCACCCAGAGGAGUGAGGACAGUGAGCACGAUGGCUCCUGUCUACCCAGGUCCCGGAGCAGGAGGCCAGGGCUUAAGCAGGGUGGAGGCAGCCUGCGGAGGAAUCCAGCUCCAGGCCCUCCUCGCCCUGGGGCUGGUCUGUUUCCGUGUCUGGCACUCCGGUCGGUCGCUCGAUCGGUGCGUUGCUAAGCAGACAGCUCUGCCUACGUGCCCCAGGACAGGUGAGAAGUGAAAGCUCCCUGUUGCCUUACCACCCUGACCUCGGGGCAUGGGGCAGGGGCAGGGGCCAGAGCCUCUCACUCCACCAGGUAGCGAUGAUGCUUUUCAAAUGGAUUGGCCAUCGUCCAAUAACACUUGCCCCUGAUUGGAUCCAGGGGAUGAUGUCAAAGACCUUACUUAAGGGCCCCUUCUUCCUGGAAGGGGAAACCACAUUAGGGAACAUGGGGUCAGCACCCUACCUCUGGAGGUUUCUAGGCUCCAGAUGAACUUGUGAGUAACUUACCUGAAACGAAUCUAGAAAUACAGCUUACUGUGAUGUAGACGUGUGUCAACCAGCUAAUAAGCUGACACGGUUUGCUCUGGAUUAUUCUUGGAUACUUCUCUAUCCUGUACCCUUCCCCAAGCCUGCCCUCUUUAACCAACAAAGCUCUCCACUAGAACAAGCGUGGGGACCUUGCUGGGAGAGGGGUUGGGCACGCCUUUUCUAGUCCCUAUGCUCGGCUGACCAAGGGAAGCUACUUCUUGUGCAUCCAGGAAGAGCACACACCAACUGCUGCAGCUUCCUGAGCCUGACGAAGGGUUUUUGAACCCGAAAGCUUGCUUAAUAACUAUUCUCCAGCCAUUUGGGUUGGUCUAAUAAAAGAUAUCAA